AUGACUCAACAAUCUUCACCCACUCACAUGUAUGUCCCAGCUGAAACUAGUGGAUCUUCCUCCCCAACGUCUAGUGCAAAUAAACUAUUUCAAAUGAUCAACUUGGAAGAACUGGUCUUGAAUGUUUCCCAUCUAUCCAUGGUUCAUCCUCCUCCUCAGAAGAAAGCUACACCUUAUGUGUCAAAAAAUGUUAAGACUUCUGGUAAGUCCUCCGAACCUAUAAUCCUCAGUAAAGAUAAAAAUGUUAUUGAAGAAGAAUCUAGGUCUAAAGGGUCUGAAUUAAGAAACCCUAGUAUGCAUGUUGACGACACCGAAAAUCCCACGGAAGUAGAAAGAAGUGCAAUUGAUAAGGAACUUAGGAAGUUUGUUGCAUCUGUUUUGAAGGAAGUAAACUCAGAUGUUUUUCCAAAUGUUCAAACAUCUUUGGCAAAAGAACCAAGCUAUGACAACGAAUUUAGUGAAAAAGCUGAGGAAAGUGUUCCUGAACAUGCUGCUCGUGAGAGAAUAAGUAAAAAUAAAGUUGAUUUUGUUACCAAUGUUGAAGGACUAUCUUCUGAUGAAGAACCCCUUACAAAUAUUGUUCCUCCUAGUACUACUAAGAGACUACAGAGACCUAAAGGAAAUAUAGUUGCAUUUGAAGAUUCUCCCUCCAUGGAAGAGAAGAGAAAGGCUAGUGGUUUGAAAGAAAGAGGAAAGUUGUCUCUUCUAGUGAAUCCGAGUUUGAAUGUUGAAAAGGAUGUCCGGGAUAUCACCCCUAUAAAAAGAUCUGCUAACAAGAAGCCUCGUGAUACUAUGCCCAAAGCUCCACUAGACAAUGCAUCGUUACAUUAUGUGAAGAAUGCAGAAAGGUGGAACUUAGUAAAGGAGUUUGUGGUGAGUAUCACUGAUGGAUGUGAUGAUACGAAGAGUGCCGACUAUGGAAAGGUUAAGCUGGAAGUUACUGAUGAUCAGGUUAGCAAAGAAAUCACUGCCAAGCAGGUUAGACAUUGGCCGAAUAAAGGGAAGUUGCCUUCUGGAAUACAUGUCCCAGACAUUGUUAUGACAUCCUCUCAGGCACCUGGCCCUGCCACCUCCAAGAAGAGUGUCAUUGCUCAGCUGAAGGAAACUUGUAAAGAGCUGGAGGGUUCCAUCAUAUCUAACACUAUAACAAAGAUUAAACUUGAGACAUUAAUGAAGGCUAUGAUGGAAGAAGAGAAGAAGGAAGUUGUACGAGGUGGUGAUGGUAAUGAAUGA